AAACGAAACUUCCCCAAAUCUCAGACAGUCAGGCGAGAGAGAGGGAGGGGGAGAGAUAGGCUAUGAGAUUUAACAGAGAGAGAAGCAAGGCGAAUAAUCUUCCCCGCCUGCAACUGCCUUCUUAGCUGGUCUUCGUCUGCGCUCAAUCAAGAAUUUGAAUUGAAACCCCUCAAUUUCAACCAAUCAACGACCCCCACAAACACCAGCCCCGCAAUUCGUUCCGCAUUUCUCCCAAAUGCCGGCUUCCCCUUCUUUCCCUUCCUCUGAUGGCAGAGGCAAAUGGAAGAGGCGGAAGCGCGAACCCCAGAUUCCCCGUAAACCCAAGCACGACGACUCCGACGAGGACUACGACGCCGCUACCCCACUCGACGAUGACAACCACCUCGACCGUGAGGGUUCCGAGGACCCUAGCGCCGUCAACCCUCCUGUUCCUCGCUCCUUCCCCGAUCCGGUCGAGGUGCUUGCUGACGGAGGGGUCCGGGUUUGCGACUUCCCUCCCGUCGUUAGGCGCGCCGUGAAUCGCCCUCAUGCUUCCGUUCUCGCGAUUGUGGCUGCCGAGCGGGCCAACUUGCGCGGGGAAGCUAGCAGUGGUGGCAGUGGUAGAGGGUUGCUCCCUAAUUUGGAGAACUUGUCGUGUGGGCAGAUGGCGGCCUUGUCUGCUGGCCCUGCAGAGAGUGUUGGUGGUGGGGAUCAGGAGAGAAGUGACGGUGGUAAUUCCGCGUUUGUGGUAACGCCUCCCAAGAUUAUGGAGGGAAAAGGGGUUGUCAAGCGGUUUGGGAAUAAGCUUCUCCUGGUCCCUAUGCAUUCAGAUUGGUUCGCACCUGCGACUGUCCAUCGGCUGGAGAGGCAAGUGGUUCCUCAUUUCUUCUCAGGAAAAUCAACUGAUCAUACACCAGAAAAGUAUAUGGACUGUAGGAACCACAUUGUUGCUAAAUACAUGGAGACUCCUGAUACGCGGCUAACAGUUUCAGAUUGUCAUGGAUUGGUACCUGGCAUUGGUGAUGAAGAGUUGACCCGAAUUGUGAGGUUUUUAGAUCAUUGGGGAAUAAUCAAUUACUGUGCAGCCGCACCAAGUCGUGAAUCUUGGAAUGUUGGAUCAUAUUUGAGGGAGGAUGCAAGUGGUGAGGUUCAUGUGCCGUCAGCUGCUUUAAAGUCUAUUGAUAGUUUAAUCAAAUUUGACAAGCCUAAAUGUAGGCUUAAGGCGGCUGAUGUUAAUUCAUCAUUGUCAUGUCAUGAUGAUAAUCCCACUGACUUGGAUAACAGAAUUCGAGAGCGAUUGUCUGAAAGUUGUUGCAAUUACUGUGGUCAUUCCCUUCUCACUGUGUACUAUCAGUCUCGAAAAGAUGUUGAUAUCCUGCUAUGCUAUGACUGCUUCCAUGAUGGUAGAUAUGUUAAUCGUCAUUCAAGCUUAGAUUUUUCCAAGGUGGAUUCGACAAGAGAUUAUGGUGAUGUAGAUGGAGAAAGCUGGACUGAUCAAGAAACUUUACUCCUGCUUGAGGCAAUGGAGAUCUACAGUGAGAACUGGAAUGAAAUUGCAGAGCAUGUAGGCAGCAAGUCAAAAGCACAGUGCAUCCUGCAUUUUCUGCGUCUACCGAUGGAGAAUGGCCUUUUGGAAAAUAUUGAAGUUUCAAGGAUUUCUAAGUCUGCUAGUGCAUCAAAUGGGGAUGACUGCAGUGGGUUUCAUUCGAGUUCAAACGGAUCCUGUACACUAGAUAAUGCAGAAUGCCGGCUCCCUUUUGCAAAUUCCGACAACCCAGUCAUGGCAUUGGUUGCAUUUCUUGCCUCUGCUAUUGGUCCAAGAGUUGCUGCUGAAUGUGCUCAUGCAUCCUUGGCAGCACUAUCCGAGGAUAGUAGGAUGAAUGCUGACCGAGUGCGAGGUAGACAAGACAAUAAUCAUGGAGAAAUUAUGGAUUCAGUGCAUCAAAAUGAAACCGAGACUGCUACAUUAUCUGUCGAGAAGGUUAAAGCUGCAGCCAGAGCUGGUCUUGCUGCUGCUGCAACCAAGGCUAAGCUCUUUGCAGAUCAUGAAGAACGUGAAAUUCAGAGGCUUUCUGCCAUAAUCAUUAAUCAUCAGUUGAAGAGGUUAGAGCUUAAGCUGAAGCAGUUUGCAGAGGUAGAAACUCUUCUAAUGAGAGAAUGCGACCAAGUGGAGAAGAUGAGGCAGAGGUUCUCUACAGAGCGAGCUCGAAUGAAGUCGACUGACGUGGGGUCCAUGCUGCCCGCGUCUCAUAUAAAUCGAGCAGGCGUUGAGCCUUCCUCCAUGCCAGCCAAUAAUAUGGUCAACAACAACAGACCACAGAUGAUGCCCACUGCUUCUCAGCCGAGUGUUUCUGGGUAUGGCAACAACAGUCAGCAGCAGCAAGUUGUCCAUCCGCAAAUGCCCUUCAUGCAACGAGGUCCGUCAAUGUUCUCCAUGGGGCCUAGGCUACCCUUAUCAGCUAUACAACCAUCGUCUUCAAGCGGGCAGGCCAAUGUCAUGUUCAAUGCUUCUUCUGGUAAUACGCAGCCUAACAAUAAUCUUAAUCAAAUUCUUAGGUCUGUGUCAGGGCCUAGCUCUGGUCUAUAGGUUGAAAAGCUAACUUUUUUCCUGGACUCGAAUUGGGAGUUCAGAGCAUGUUGUUAAUUUGCUACAGAAGACCCUGGGUUCACCACCAUUUGUACAUCACUCAGGGUUUAGUGUGUAGGGCUUGUAACAGAAUAUAACAAACAUUUCGCCUGAGAUGGCGACUUUCGUGAAAGGAAUUUGGGGUAGGUUAAUAUUUCCCAUAUUCGAGAAGUCACAGUUGUCUGGCGUAAACAGAUGUUGGCAGGAGUGAAUGGUCGGAGGCGUUAUUGAGGCCACGUUGGCCUUAAUCAUAACCUAAAUAUUAGGUAGUCAUUAGAAUUUAUAAUUUUACGUUUAGCACAAAGUUGAAUGUAGAUGUGGUGGAAGUACACAAAAGCGC